GAGUAAAGAGACGUGCAAACAUACCGUACUACGAGACACAUAGCAUUCUAUUUUCGUCAAAUAAUACGAACUCAAAAGAGUGCGCUUUAUUCGCGUCCAAGUAUUUUAAAAUGGAAAAUGUUGAAGGGCGAUAUGAGAUUGAAAAUUACGAUUUAGUUGAAGGGCGAUACGAGACUGUGAAUAAUGAUUUAGUUGAAGGGUGGUAUGAGAUUGUGAAUAAGUAUUUAGUUGAAGAGCGAUAUGAGGCUGAGGAUAACAAUUUAGUUGAAGAAGAACAAUACGAAAUUGAGAAUAAUAACCUUGACUCAGAAGAAAGAGAAAAUAUUCCUAUAGGACCUAUUCUUGGAUCAGAGUUGGAAGGACUUGACCCUACGCAUUAUCCCUUAAUAACCUCCUCUAUAGAACUAUCUGUUGGAACUCGGUUUAGUUCUUGGGAAAUUGCGGAAUACUACUUAAAAGAGUAUGGAAGGCAAAAUGGUUUUGCGACAAAGCGGUAUAGAGUUGAACUCCAUAAGAAUCGUAGAGUCAAAAAACGAACAUUAGCUUGUGAAAAGGCGGGCAAAUACAAGCCUAAUAAAUCAAAACCCAUCGGCCAACAACGUAAUAAAGGCUCAAAGAGAACGGAUUGUAAAUGGCACAUUAAUUUGAGUAGUCCUGAAUAUACUCAUUACGUGCACAUAACUUUUGUUUAUCUGGAACAUAAUCAUUCAAUCAAUGCCGAUAAUAAAAGGUUUGCCACAGCAUUUAGACGUUUUGAUGAAAGUAUAAUGGCUGAAAUAGAACAUGCAGUGGUUUAUGGUCAAUGUGAUGCACAUAUGAUAAGAAACUUGCUUCAACCAAAAUUUCCUGAUCAAUUAUUUCUUACACAAGAUCUUUCUAAUGCAAUUCAAAAAAUUAAACGCGACAAAAAGGUUAAUGGGUCUGACGCUUCUUAUCUGCUAAAAUUUCUUCUCAACCAACAGAAAGAAGAACCUACGAUGUUUGUGCAACCACUAAUUAAUGUAGAUAAAUUUAUUAAUGAAUUCUGGAAAGCUCGAAAUUCGUUGAGUGUUAAUGUUUUUGAACAGCAGUUUCAAGCUUUAAUUGAAAAGUAUCCUAAUGCACAGGAUUACUUGCAUAAUACGCUUUAUUCAACUCGGCAAUCCUGGGCUUGUGCAUUUGUGAACAGAAUAUUUACUGCGGGAAUGCAAUCAACGCAACGCGUUGAAUCAAUCAAUGCCCUUAUUCACAAAGAAGUUUCUUCUAGUUCAAGUAUGACUGAUGUAGUUGAAGCUAUUGAUUCUCGGAUGCAGAGAGAAGCCUUGAACGCAAGUUUUAUAACAUGGAAAUACAAAUCAUUAGUAUAUCACCAGCCAUUUAUUAUAGAACGACUUUUUGGUAACAUCGAGGAAUUGAUUCAAAAACAUUUAUCAUGUCGAAUUAUUGAAGAACUUAAAAAUCAAAUGUGUGAAUCAGUUCUCUAUCAAUGUAAAAAAAUAGAGAUCGAUUCUGCUAUUGAAUUUAAUGAGGAUCAGUUGGAACAAAUAGUAAAUCGGGAAGAACAUAGUGAUGAAUCCAAUGAAAGUGAAAUGGACAUAGAUAAAGACGAAGCCGUUGAAGAUUAUUAUGACUUCCGGCAAACAUGGUUUCAAAAUGAUUCAUGGGAACAUUUGGAUCUUAUCUCUAAAGAACCAUUUAUUGGAGUGUCAUCUCUAAAAGUUCAGGAUAAAAGUAUACAACAAAUUGUUCCUAAACAUUUUAACAACGUUCAGGAAAUUGUAGUUCAGCAUCAUGUACAAAAGAAGGUAGAAUACGGCAGACUUAUGGGUAAUUUCAAAAAGGCUCUAAAUUAUUCGAUGGAGGAUAAUGAUCAAAAGAAUUUAAAUGAGCUUAUUUUGUCUUAUAUUUCAAGAAAGGAAAAAAAGCGGGAGGCUAAUGCUCAAUCAGUAAUUAUUGAAGAUCAAGCGUCGAAUAACAAUAAUAUUGUAAAACUAGUUGAUGGUCGCAUAUAUAAUGCAGAUGAUGUUCAAGAUCCAAUUGCACAUCAGGGUAAAGGUAGACCUGCCACUAAGCGGUUAAAGGGUUUUACUGAAGAAAAUAGUAAAGCUGCUAGCAAUACGAAACACGCAAAUAGUGGUAACGAAGAGAAAGGAAUUGAAGUAUCAG